CCGGGCUCCGCCGCGGCGAGCGGGGGCGGGGCCGCCCUGGAGCCCUCUGGACUCCGCCCCCUCCCCCACCUCGGCGGGAGCUGCUCCCAGCGCGGAUGCGAGGGGGCGGGGCGGGGCGGCGAGGCGAGGCGAGGCCGAAGAGGAUCGUGCUGAGAGGGAGGAGUUCGGGUUGGGCCUGGCCCACCCCGAGCGCCGCCGGGCAGCCCCUCCCAGCGGGGGUGAGAGCUCGCGUUUGAAUCUUCUGUAGAUUGCCCCCCGGAAGUGGAGUGCCGGCCCCCCUGCUACAGAAGGGGAAACUGAGGCUCAGCGUUACUUGAAAGUGAUUUUCCAAGGGGACCGUAGCUAUAAGUCUCAUGCGGUUUCCUAUCAUCGUAGAUUUGAGGAUGGAAGGGACCUUACGCGGUCACCUAGUGGUGUAUUUACAGAUGAGGAAAUGGAGACCUGGAGAAGUUGAGCCACUUGCCUAAAGUCCCACGGAUCGGGGUGGCAGAGCCACGCAAAGUGGAAAUUUAAGUUCAAGUGUUAUCAGUCCACACCUUUCUACUGUCUCGUACUUCCUAAGAGGGAGGGGGAGGGGCACUAGACCGCGACCUUUGGAAAGUCAACAUCUUUAAGCGCCCCUGUGAUUAAACCUGGAGAUCCUGGGAAAGCGGGACGGGCCAGGGCUGCCGUAGAGAGGCUUGGGAUUUAGUGACACAGCAAAACACCAAAGGACUGAGAUCAAGAGUAUUAUGGCUACCUUUACUCUUCCAUGCAAAAGGACUUUUCUCUCCUCAUUAACCUAAGCCCCAGCUCAGUUUUCCUUUUCUUAACCUGCUUAGGGUUUGAAGGGAUCAUUAAAGGUAAACUUCCUUCGCCCUAGAUCUCUUACCAGGGGCCAGUCGUCCGGUAGAAGGAGACACCUUGCCUUCAAUUAGCUUAACAUUUGGUUGGUGAAACUAGAACUAAACAGCGAGAGAAGUGGGUGCAGUGACAAUAGAUAAUUGAUCAAGGAGAUAGUUCGAAUAGAUGUCACAGGUGGCAUAUGAUCAAUUAGUAAAUGAGUGGUAUAAACCGGUGUCAAGAAUAGAGGGUGACAGGUGGCAUUGUUCACAUGCACAGCCAUGAAAAACUCAUGCAUGUCUGAAACUUGAAAAUCAGUCUGCUCCGUAUGGUACUGUAGAAAUCCCUCUUCUUCACUACUGGCUCUUACCUGAUAACUGGAACAUUAAGGGUUAAAGCUCUGAAGACCCUCUGAGUACCUGGAUGGGACUAGAGAAGGGAACUUCCUGUUCCAGUUCCCAUGUGUUUUCACAUCUCAGAACAGCCCCUGGGUGGAAGUGGCAGUGUCUUGGUCCUUGGAACCCCAAGGAAGAGAAAUUCUACAAGGGAGGAAAACCUCACCUCUGCCUCCCCCCAGCCCCAACUAAGAAAGUAUCCACACCAACCCUCUGGUAGAAAUAUUUUUUUGCCAGGUAUCCUGUUAGAAGAGACUUCUAGACUGUGGACUGGAUAUUGCGUUCCUAAAGGUUGCAUUGAUCUCAACUGAAGUGAGGCUUCGCAUCCUCCCAUCCAAGAAAAUGAUGUCCCCAAGACCAAGUCUGGCAGCCCUCCAAUCCCAAACUCCCCUAAAUCAAGAACUACCAAUAGUGAAACUUGAAGAGUUUUCUUGGGAGCAGGAAUCCGUCCAUGAAGGAGGUCUGUCUAGACGUGAAGCCUGCCGGCAGCGUUUCAGACACUUCUGCUACCAGGAGGCAGCUGGCCCAAAGGAGGCUCUCAGCAGACUCCGGGAGCUUUGCUGCCAGUGGCUAAGGCCAGAGGCCCACACCAAAAAACAGAUCCUGGAGUUGCUGGUGCUUGAGCAGUUCCUCCUAAUCCUACCUGGUGACAUUCAGGCCUGGGUGCGUGGGAAGCAUCCCAAGAAUGGUGAUGAAGUGGUGUCCCUUAUGGAGGAUUUGCAGACGGAGCCUAGCAAAGCAAGGCCAACGGUCUUUGGCCACAUACCCACCACAUGGAUAGUGCCCUCAGAGAAGCCAACAGCCCUGAUCACCGGAGAGGAGCCCCAGAAACCUCAACCAGAACCAGCCAAACCUUCAAAGGAGGGGAAAUGGCGUCUUCUAGCUAGGUCCAAGCAACAGCUAAUUUCUGGCCUACAAGGGGAAUUCCAUCUCUCCCGAGAGAAAGACUCAGCUGUUCCUCAAGGCCCUUCCUCUUCCCAGGAAGAAAGAUCCAGAGACCUGGAGUUGGCAACUGUGCUGGAAUCUCUGACAUUUGAGGAUGUCGUGGUGGAGAAAGUUUGGCCUGUACCUCCUCUAGGGCUUGGAAUUGGGACACAGAAUAGGGAAAAAAUAAAGCAAGAAGGUUCGGAAAAACCUGCAACAAUUCCAGGAAAGGUGGGCAAGGCUGUCUCCUUGAUGCCAAACAGGGAAGAUACACAAGAGACUCAGUGGGGAGCUGAAAGGCAAUGGGGCCCUACUGCUUCAGAGAGUAAAGGAAUAUCUCCCCCUAGUAAAAGUGAAGUUUGGGAAAUAAAAGUCUGUGAUGUCCGAGAGAAGCCUGAGCCUGAAGAGACAUCGAAGACGUGCCCUGAGUGUGGAGUAAGCUUUCCCCGGUUGUCAUGCCUUCAGGCACACAGAAGAACCCAUGAUUCCCUCAAGCCCUUCCAGUGCCCAUGUUGUGGGAAAAACUUUGGCCGUGGCUCCGUCCUCAAGCUGCAUCUGAGGACACACACAGAUGAACGUCCAUAUGUAUGUUCUGAGUGUGGGGAAUGCUUCCGGCAGAGUGGUCACCUGAGAAAACACCAGCAGACUCAUUCUGCAGAGAUGGCCUUCUUGUGUGCUGACUGUGGUCAGGGUUUCCAACGACGGUCCAGCCUUCUCAGACAUUUACAUGCCCAUGCCAGGGAAACAGAGCAGGAUAUCAAACCAGCCUUCCUGUGCUCCAUCUGUGGGCAGGGUUUCCAGCGACAUGCCAAUUUUCAACGCCACCUGGGACUCCAUGCUGAGGACAAGCCCCUCCAAGGUGUUGAGUAUGACAAAAAUUUUCUUCAGGGUACCAGCAACCACCAGCAGCAGCAAGCCCCCAUUGAGCAGAAGCCUCAUGUGUGUGGUGAAUGUGGCAAGGCCUUCCAGAGGAAUGAGCAUCUGGUCACUCACCAGCGGAUACAUACAGGAGAACGGCCCUUCUCCUGCCAGGACUGUGGACAUGCUUUUAGCCAGAGCUCCCAGCUAGCCAGUCAUCGCCGUGUGCACACUGGCGAAAAGCCCUAUGCCUGUUCUGAGUGUGGGAAGCACUUUGUACGCAGGGCUGGCCUUGCACGCCACAUGCUGACUCAUGGUGGAGAGAGGCCCCAUCACUGUAGCCAGUGCAACAAACGCUUCAGCCAGAGCCAGGACCUGAACCGCCACCAGCGCAGCCACACUGGUGAACGGCCAUGCCGCUGUAGUGAGUGUGGGGAGCGCUUCAGCCAGAGUGCUCACUUGGCUCGUCACCAGCGUAUACACACAGGAGAAAAACCUCACCCAUGUGACACAUGUGGCCGUUGCUUCCGCAACAGCUCCAACCUGGUACGACACAUUCGGACCCAUACAGGAGAGAGGCCCUACCACUGCAAAACCUGUGGAAGAGGCUUCCGCCGGAACGCCCACCUUCAGCGCCACCUUGGGACCCAUCCAGCAACUGAUACUCCAGAAGCAGGAAAAGACAUUAAAGAACUGGGGGGCCCAAUCAAGGAGACUCCUCAGCAGUGUCAGCAGUGUGGAAAGAGCUUCAGCCGGGUCUGUAACCUGCUUAGGCAUCAAGCCAUCCACACAGGUGCCAGGCCCUAUACCUGUAGCCAAUGUGGGCGGAGCUUUAGCCGCAAUUCUCACCUGAUGAGACACCUGAGGACCCAUGCCAAGGAGACUCUGUAUUAGGCAUCUUGGAAACUCUUAUUUGGCCAAGACUGAGCCACCCAGAGGGAUCUCUGCUGGACUUUGCAUACUGCCAAUCUUCAAACAGGGCAGAGAAAGUGGCCUCAUCAGGCCAUCUAAUUCCCCAUUUGUGCAUCUUUCUCAUACUCCUCCUUAGCUUUUUCCCAGCCUUUCCUCUCCAAAAUGAGUAAAGCAAAAUAAUUGCCUUUCUAAAGUUUUCUUGGCCUUGUUUUCAUUUUCUUCUUCAACAACCAUCACAGAUACUUCUCACUCCCUCUUCAACCCAGGAGGAUAAGUAGAUAUCCACUGGGAAAGGAUAAUCUUGAAUGUUUCUUCAGUGUCACCGCUUUUGCAGACUCAAAGACUUUGGCCUUUGGGCUCUUGAGGUCUCAUGCACCCUAAGUAACUCCUGCUUAGGAGCUGGUUAUUAACAGAUCCUAGAACUGGACACCACCCUGCUGGCAAAAGGCGUAAAAACAGUCAGACCAAGCUCUACAUCACACAACACUUCAUGAUGCAGGAAGUCUCUUGUACUUUCCUGUAACUAAAUGUUCUGGCUACUCCAUCCAGAUUCCUAGCUUAACUACUCUAGCGACAGUAUGUCCAACAAACUCCCAUGUAUCUUUCUGGAGAGACCUACUCACUGAGCAUUUAUGCACCCAAACAAGAUUUGGAAAAAAAAAAUUUUUUUAAAACAGAUCUUAAAGUUGUUUUUUAUUCUGAACUUAACGCCCCGCCCCCCAAAUUCUGUGUACGAAGUAGAACCAAAAAAGGAGUGUAUGUGAAACCGAACAUCUGAUACAUACAAUUUACUUUGAAAAAGUAUAUAAUAAA